GCAAUUUACUUCAUGACAUUUUAUUUUAUUCUCCAAAGUUGUAGUCCAAGUUUAAUAAUAAUUUGUUUACUAUAAACUUUGCCUAUUUGUUUACAUGCGUAAGUACUUCGUCAAAACACCAAACGUAAACAAAGUGAAGAAUGAAUCACAAUGAACAAGUAUCCUAGACUUGCCUUUCCCAAAAUAUUCUAGAAAUGGAUUUUCGGUACAGAAUGCGUAAAGCUUUUGACCAGUUAGGGCCUGACUCUAUUUCUACAAGUAAACGAGUCAUCUCUACAGCUUCGCACGAUGAGUAUUGGAGGAUGGGAAAGGUCUCUGUACCACGGUUGGAUGCCGUACACCCUCGUAUGCAAAGGAACUUUAAGAAAAAUGCCUUUUAUUAUGCAGCCUUCUUUUGCGCUGCCUGGAUUUAUAUAUUCAUUUGGUACCCCUCCUCCUUAUUGGUCAUGACAAUUGGCGUUUUUCUUAGUUUUAUAGCAUAUUCCUUUGGAGACAUCAGUAUUAACGAGAGUAUUCAGGUAAAACCAAGGUAUACUGUAUCAGCCAUCUCUUCUCUAACUAUAGUGGCCGUCCUCUUUUUGGUACCUUUUAGCAGCCUUUUAUGGCCUCUCUGUCUCGUUUCUGGUGUUCUACUUACACAUGCGCUUCUCACCUCGCAUGAAAAUCCUGCAGGGUUGUUGUAAAGAUGUUCCUUUCGAAUAUCACCAUGAAAGUAUAGUCCAUUUGAAUCCUUUUACGUACUGAGAAGAUAUAAUCAACAAACUGAUCAAGGAUUUUAAUCCCCUUCCUUAUUGUUUUUUUUUCCUGCUAAAGAAUUGCACUGUUGGUUUGACUCGAAAACACACAAGGCUGUCAACAUUCUUUUUAAGUUUCUAUAUCACUUUUUUUCAAAAAGUAAUUUCCAUCUAAUGAAGCCUCUCCUUAAUAAAGUUCUAGUUUAUUUUAAGAAACUUGUAAAUCGAAGCAAUAAAUCAAUAUGAAGAAGAAUUCACAAUGCCA